UAUUUCAUUACAGAUUUAUUAAAUAAGAGGUGUCUUCCUAGAUAAAUACAGGUCCCGGCUACAUUCGUUGGAUCAAUAUGUCACUUGUAGUAGGAAGGGUGAUAGGAGAUGUGGUCGACCCAUUCACACCAAGUGUGAUAAUGGAAGUAACCUACAAUCCCAAUUACCAGGUCUUUAAUGGCCAUGAGCUAAUGCCUACUACCAUUGCACACAAACCACAGGUUCAAAUUGGCGGAGUGGACAUGAGAUCUUCUUAUACUAUUAUCAUGACAGACCCAGAUGCUCCAAGCCCAAGUGAUCCUUACUUAAGAGAACAUCUCCAUUGGAUCGUCACUGACAUUCCUGGUACCACUGACGCUACUUUUGGAAGGGAGAUUGUGAGCUAUGAAAAACCCAAGCCAGUUAUAGGAAUCCAUCGAUAUGUGUUCUUAUUGUUCAAACAAAGAGCUAGGCAAUCAGUAAGGACACCUGUUUCUCGUGAUAAUUUCAAUACUCGUGCCUUCUCUCAAGAAAAUGACCUAGGGUCACCGGUUGCUGCUGUCUACUUCAAUGCUCAAAGAGAAAAUGCGGCCCGCAGAAGAUAAUUGGAUUAUUUCAUACUUAUACUCUGCAUAUUCCCUUGAAGAUAUCAAUAAUACGGAUAACUUAUAGUCUUAUAGUUAUUAUAUUGCAUUGUUGUUUCUUAAAUUUGUUUAAUAUAUGUAUUUUGCUUUCAUGUUUUUUAUUAUGUAUUUGUGCUAUAUGUGUUUAAUAAAGAAUACAGUGCUGAUUGUUAAUUGCCUAUAUGUAUAAUUUAUGUACCGCGUAUUAUGUACAACGCGGAAAUUUUUCCUGUA